CGGAGUGUACUAUGGCGGAGCCGGUGCGGAAGCGCGGCCGGCGGAGCCGAGGCGGCGGUGUCGGCCGAGGGGCUCGGGGGGCCCGGGGCGGCAGGGGCCGGCGUCCUCGUGCCCAGCGGUCUCUGGCUUCGCGUACCCUGGACUCGGUGCUUGUGGACUUGAUCAGCGACAGCGACGAGGAUAUCCUGGAGGUCGAACCAGAGCGCGGCGCCCUGGACCCCGUAGAGGUCCCGCUCUCGGAGCCCCCCGUACCGGCUGCGCCCCAGGACGACAGCGACAGCGACAGCGACAGUGAAGGGACGGACACGCGGCCCGCAGGAGCCCCGCGGCCCCCGGUCAGGCGACGGCGGCGACUGCUGCUGGAUCCGGAGGAGGCCCCGGUGGUUCCUGUUUACUCCGGGAAGGUGAAAAGCAGCCUCCACCUCAUCCCAGAUCACCUGUCUCUCCUGAAAUUGUGCCCCCAAGGGGCUGAGGAAGAUGUGGAUAUGGCAGAUUCUAGCAGUCCCCACCGUGAGGACCCCCCAUUCCCAGACUCUCCCUGGAAGAAGAAGCUGAGGGGUAAGGAUGAAGAAAAGGAGAAGAAAAACAACAUGUUUCUGGUCCAGGACACCUCUCCUCUGCCCUCACCUCCACCUAGGACUAAAAGCAGAAAGCACACGAGGGCCCUCCAGAAGUUAAGGGAGGUGAGCAGGCGCCUCCACGACCUCCGUUCCUGCCUGAGUCCCCUGCAGCACCAGGGCCAAGACCACUGGAACCAGGAGGACGAGGUGGUCCUGGUGGAGGGGUCCACUGUCCCAGAGAGCCCCCGACUCUUCCCCCUCAAAAUCCGGUGCCGGGCGGACCUGAUCAGAUUGCCUGUCGAGAUGUCGGAGCCCCUGCAGGGCGUGGUGGACCACCUUGCCGCCCGCCUCGGGGUGUCCCCAAGUAGGAUCCUCUUGCUCUUUGGAGAGGCAGAGCUGUCCCCUACUGCCACCCCCAAGACCCUGAAGCUCGGAGUGGCUGACAUCAUUGACUGUGUGGUGCUAGCAAGUUCUCCGGAGGCUACAGAGAUGUCCCAGCAGCUCCAGCUCCGGGUGCAGGGGAAGGAGAAGCACCAGAUGCUGGAGGUCUCGCUGGCUCGGGAUUCUCCCCUCAAGACCCUCAUGUCCCGCUACGAGGAAGCCAUGGGACUCUCAGGACACAAGCUCUCCUUCUUCUUUGAUGGGGCAAAGCUUUCAGGCAAGGAGCUGCCAGCCGAUCUGGGCAUGGAAUCUGGGGACCUCAUUGAGGUCUGGAGCUGAAACCCCACUCUUGCCCGGCGCCCCAGCCCAGACUUGGGGAGAAUACCUGGCCCUUUUUUUUUUUCCCUAUUUACCAAGCCCCAUAAGGGCUAGCUGAAGCUGAGGUAGAACUUCUCUUUAAGCUAAAGCAAAAUCAAGGAGUGACCCCGCUCCCAUCGACCCUGGUUUCAAGCCAUUAACUACCUGGUUAGUUGUGUGGUAGUUGUUCUGCCCUGGGUGGACUGCAGCUCCAGCCACAUCCUUGUGCUGAGUUUUCCAGGCCCCUGGGACAUGGAGAAGGCCUCUCCAUCUUCACCUCCAUCAUUGCCCUUUCCUUCCUCAAAAGGUCUGUUCUGUGAAACUUUGCUCAGAUUUAAAGAGUGAGUGGAAAUAAAUGAGGGUUGGUGUGGGACUCCAGACUGGGAUUUAUGCCACAUCCAGGACCAGCAGUGGCCUUCUUCUCAGUUGGGAGUCGGGGUGACCCCACGGUGGUUUGCUUAUGGCACAAACACUAAAGUGCUUCCUUGACCUGCAGGAAAAUAAAUGACCGAGCUCACACAUGCAUCUGCUUCAGCACAGGCAGACAAGUGGGUUACUCUUGAAGUAUAUAGGGAAUGGUUUCUCAGUCUCAGGCAUCUUCCUUAGCCCAGGGAGCUUUUCUGGCCACCUUUUCUGGUUGCCUGUUCUUGGUGCACAUGCAAUAAAGCCUAACUGAGGACAUUCACUGUUGUCAUUUGGGAUCUCAGGAUCACAGUCCCGGGCAAGGCUUCUUUGGUGUUAUGGUUCCCGGCCUGCCCCCCCACCUGCCCUCUCCAUGCCAUCCUUUCCCAUAAGCACCCAUUCUAAUGGGCUUAUUUCCUGUCUUUAGAUAUGAAUGUAUCCUUGUAAAAUACGUUUUAUGUGUGAAUAUGCUUCUACUAUAUGUAAGGGGUAUUGUGCUAGAGAUCUUGCACUGUUUCUUUUUUCACUCAACACGUGUUAAGGUCUAGCAGUCCCUUACUGUCUUCCUGGUUCAUUGCCUUGAACUGCUGGGUGCUAUGCCACAGGGGCGUCAACUGCAUUUUACUUAGACUUGCCCGUAGUGGGGGACACCUGGGUGCCUCUGGCUCCUCAUAAAAGGCUGCGGUGAACAUCCUUUUACACGUUCCCCUCCGGGCUUGUGCAAAAACUUUCUGGCAUAGGUACCAGGAUGGGAUUAUGGAUCAUACGGGUUAAUUUCUCUGUGGUGCCACCAGAUUUUUCUUUAGAAUGGUCACUGACCCUCCCACUGAGGCAUCUCACUUCUGUUCUCACCCACUCUUGUUAUCGCCCAGUUUUCUAACAUUUGCCAGUCUGCUGGGUGUACAGCGGCACUGUGGUUUCGUGUGUAUUCACCUGGUCACCAGUAAUUUGGGGAAUCUCUUCUUAAGCCUCUCAGCCUUUCUGGUUUCCCUUUCUGUGAUUUGCUCAUUUAUCUUUGCUCAUUUUCUCAGGAGUUGCUUGUAUAUUCCUGGGCAUUUUCAGAUAUUGCAAAUAUUGUAACUCAGAAUAGCACUUGUCUUUGUACGUCUAGGAGGGGGUCCUUCACUGAACAGAUAUUCUUUAAUUAUCUGGAAUAGCUGUCUUGUCACAUAGUUUGUUGCUCUUGAUUGCUUAUUUAAAAGUAGCUAAAAUAUUUUACAUUUUCUUCUGCUAGCCUUUUGGUGUUUCCUUUCAUAUUUAGGCUACUACUUAGGGUUGGGAUGGUGCAAUAGCCGGGAUCUCUUCUAAGUGGUUAAACACUUUUUUCUGGUUGGUUGUGCUGGUUGCUAAAUAUUGCAUAUCAUCCUGCCUUUAAACCAUUUGAAAUCCACUUUUGUAUAGGAGAUUUGAGUUUAUUUUUCACCAUGUUAAGAGCCAGUUUUCUCAGUACCGUCUACUAAAAAAUAUUAAUCUUCCGCUGAUAUGUGGUGUAGUAUUAGAAAAAGUAUGUCAACUUCUUAAAAAAUACUUUUUUGGAAUGUGGCAUUCCUUUGAAUUUAUAAUGUGGGAAAAGAUUGAAAAAAGUUUUAUAAUGUUUAAAUAAUUCCUGAUACGGUAUGCCUUUCCACUCUUUCUGAUCUUUUGUGUCCGUGAAUAAAUUUGAACACAUUGAAAUUACUUAUGCAAUCUCACCAGAAUAAAUGGGAAUACAUUGAACUGGUAUGUCCUUGGUUUCCCCUUGGUUUCUGCCUUCGUGCCCCCACUAAGGCCCUUCAGACGGAGACCACUGGUGGUCCCCUCACAUCCGUUCGUCCUCCUAGAAUAAGAGAACUCAUGGUUUUCAUUAAGCACAAAAUCACACAGGAUAAAGACAAUACUUCCAAGCCUUCCUUGAAGUUAGGUGUGAUGGUUAGGUUCAUGUGUCAGCUUGGCCAGGUGAUGGUGUCCAGGUGUCUGGUCAAGCAAGCACUGGCCUAAUAGUUACUAGAGGACAUUUGUGGCUGGUUAAGCAACCAGAAGGCU